AUGAGCGGUGACGGAGCUGUUAGCGGCGGCGGAGGGAGCAGCGGAGGAGAGACAGCGAAAUUGGAGACGCAGAGGUGUAUUAAUCCGACGCCGUUUCUGACGAAAACGUAUCAAAUCGUGGAGGAUCCGAAAUUGGACGAUUUGAUCUCGUGGAAUGAAGACGGGACGUCCUUCGUCGUAUGGCGUCCGGCUGAAUUUGCCCGUGAUUUGCUGCCUAAAUACUUCAAGCACAACAAUUUCUCCAGUUUUGUCCGGCAGCUCAACACCUACGGAUUUCGGAAAGUCGUUCCCGAUCGGUGGGAGUUCGCGAACGAUUGUUUCCGACGAGGCGAGAAGGCGAUGCUCAGAGACAUUCAGCGCCGGAAAAUCUCGACCGGAGCUUCCACUGCCCCGGCGGCUCCUCCCGCCGCCGUACCAACCGCGCAGCCGUUGCAGGCGGUCGCCCCCGUAGCGGUUAUCCAAAUCUCUCCUGCAGACUCCGGCGAUGAACAGGUCCUCUCCUCCAACUCGUCCCCGGCGGCGACCGCAGCAACCGCCACCGCGCCUCCGGCGCCUCGGGCGUGUGCAGCGGCUCCAGAGAUAAUGGAGGAGAACGAGAGGCUGAGGAGGGAGAAUUCGAAGCUGAGACAGGAAUUAGACCGGUUGAGGAGCCUUUGCGGCAAUAUAUACAGCCUCAUGUCCGGCUAUGCGGCGAAUCCGAGCGAGGCCGUGCCGCCGGAGGCGAGGGCCUUGCAGUUGCUGCCUGGGACCCAUGGGGCCGUCCUGGAAGACGGCACCGAAGAGAAGGCGGCGGAGGAGGAGGUUGAGGGGAUGUGCCCUAGGAUAUUUGGGGUCUCGAUUGGUAUGAAGCGGCUGAGGUGCGAGGACGGGAAAGGUGAGGACCAGCGCACGCUCCACCUUGGGCCGGAGAAUAAAGCCGAGCCGUUGGAUCACGGGAGCAGUAGCAUCGACGGCCAUGAUUCUCCAAAGCUUGAUCAUUUGUGA